AUGAAGAUGAUACCUCCGCUCCCGUUUGUUCCUCGGCGGCCGUCUUCUCCGUCGACACGUUGCCGUCACCACCCGUCUCCGCCCAGCUCGCCUUCUUCUCCGGCGCAUCCGCCUUCCCUGCCUCUUUGCUCGAUUCUUCCCCAAAAAGGCAAAACCCUAGUUCACUUUAAAGGGACUGCCUUCUAUCAUGGCACGAAGGCACGGAAUGGGAUGUUUGAAAUGUUAGACACGAUAAUAGCAAGAAGAAGAAAUGGAAGUGAUAUGCAACAAGAUUUCUUGGGGUCAUUGAUUAUUAAGCAUGUAAAAGAAGGAUCAGAAGGAGAAGAUGACGAUGAAAAACUAACGGAUGCACAAAUGAAGGACAACGUAUUAACACAGCGAAUUACAGGUCACGACACGACAACGCCGCCCUUACAUGUAGAAAAUCAAGCAACCUUGGAUCAACUCAAAGAGGAACAUAUGGAAAUCUGGAGCAAGAGGAAAUCUGGAUCAACUCUCACAUGGUCAGAAGUCAACAACAUGCCUUAUACGGAAAAAGUGGAGCCGAAAUGCAUUGUUAUAAACAAAAGUAAGGUAGGUAUUAUGGUUAAAAGUUAG